GCCACCUUACGAGGAGGACAAGUGCGCCUCCCUGCACCCAUGCUUGGUGUAUUCAUCUGGCAGGUUUUAAAAAGGCAAGCCUACUCUGGAGAGGAUCAGACUGCCUGCAAAACUUAUCCAGAGGGGACUGUGUCAUCAACCGGGAGCUGCUUACACAGAGGCAGGGACAUCAGCUCUGAUAACCCAGCAGAAACGCUAAAGGACAUUAUAGCGUGCGAGUUAUUUCUCCGUUGCAUAUUGAGUAAUCAGCUCAGCUGGGUGAAUCUACCAGGUGGACAGCCGGUGCUGCUGGAUGCCGUAUCUCUCACAGAGACUCCAGCUCUGAUUCCCGGAGAUAGCUCAUCCAGCAAUCUUCCUCUCAGUCCUUUGAUCUACUAAUAGGCAUCGGUGGAACAUUUCAUUUCCUUUCUUUUUGCCGACGGACAUCAUGACAGUCGGGUUUUGUCUGCUGCUGUCUUUUCUAUCAGCACUAUCUCGGUGCCUGGGCUCAUACGUGCCCUGUGAGCCGUGCGACCCGAAGGCACUGUCCAUGUGUCCCCCGGUGCCGCUGGGCUGCCAGCUCGUCAAGGAACCGGGCUGCGGCUGCUGCCUGACCUGCGCCCUCGCGGAGGGACAGGCUUGCGGCGUCUACACCGGGACGUGUGCCCACGGGCUGCGCUGCCUGCCCCGCAGCGGCGAGGAGAAGCCGCUACACGCCCUGCUACACGGCAGGGGACUGUGCACCAACGAGAAGGGAUACAAGCCCAUAGACCACGAGUCGCGUGAGCAUGAGAACACGGGCCAUGCUGAAGCACCGGAGAACUCGUACCUCCUCGCAAAGAUGCCACUGCUCCCUAAAGACCACAUGACCAGGAAGAAGGCACAGGCCGUGCAGAAUGACCGCAAGCGGCAGCAGGGCAAGUCACGGUCGGUGGGGCACGCGGACUACUCCCUGCUGGGUGGCGACAAGCUUGUGAGUGAGCUGGGCCCCUGCAGGAGGAAACUGGAUGGGAUCAUCCAGCGGAUGAAGGACACAUCACAAGUGAUGGCCCUAUCCCUAUACCUCCCGAACUGUGACAAAAAGGGCUUCUUUAAGCGCAAGCAGUGUAAGCCUUCCCGUGGACGCAAGCGAGGGAUCUGCUGGUGUGUCGACAAGUACGGGGCGCAGCUGCCUGGCACAGACUACAAUGGGGGCGACGUGCAGUGCAAGGAUCUAGAAAACACCGGAAACACCAACGAGUGAGGAUUCCCGGCCCCGCCCAGCAUAGUCACUGCCCCUUCCCUACUUUAUCCUGCUCCGCCCCCUCCUCCCAUGCAACAUUUUGACAUUUGAGAUGCAAAAGAGACAAGGAGAGCAAGUGGAAUGCCAGCUGGGUGGCUCCCGGACUCACGCUGCUGGACGCGGGUCCGUACAAACAAUUUGUCGAAAUAUGUAGAAAUAUUCAUUUAUUUUUAUAGCAGCUGGGGUUUCAGCACCGGACUUUUUCUUUGCAAACUAAGCUAUCAGAACACAAGGCACUAAGAGAUAAUGUCUAUCUGUCUCACUGAUGAUACCGUUAUAUUUGAAAUCAUAGCAGUUCUGUACAUAAGAAUGAUUUCAUUAUCUCAGCAUACAUACAUGCGCACACAAGCAGAUACAUACUGACACACACAUACAGUACAGAUACCGUUCUUACGCUCUCAUGUCUGAUCAUCACAUGGUUGCUUUGCAGGAAACCUCAUUUUCGGGACAACGCCUGAUGAGACCCCUCAGGUCUGCACAUGCUAGAUAUAUUUUAGGCAUAGUAAUGCAGGGGUGUGGGGGUAGAGGCCGUGACUGCGUGAGCUUGAGGGCACCCUACUCCUAGUGAUGUGGGAGGGGUGGGGGUUUAUGUGCAGGCACCAGUUGUGCUUCCUGUUACACUGACACCCCUGUAACUGAUUUGCAUCCUUUGCUUAAACGUUUCCACUCCUGCAAACCCUACAUUCAAAUUAGUGGCUUGGAGAGGCCCUGCUCUUGCUCUCGCUCAAAGCACUUCCUAAGCUUACUGGGGUGGAUUUCAGCACAAAUAAAUAAAUAAGAAGAUCUGCAUUGUGUCAGGCCCUCUACCUGCUCCCCACGUGUUCCUGAACUUUGCCACAAGAUGGCACUGUGCUGGACCCUCUUCCCACUCUCCACAUGUUCCUCCACUGCGAGGUUCACCUGCAUACCAGCACACCCCUGUCGGGCCUUUGGUGCUGUCCCGUAUGUAAAUUUCAGUGCCUUCCCACACACAAAUACAUUUCAAUGUAAAUUUGCAUAGAAAAUGAGGGUUUAAAAUUUAAACAAAAAAAAAGUGAUGCUAAACCAUUACCUGCAGCUGUGUGGAGAGAUGCUAGUUUUCCCCUCAUGGAAGCACAUUGUUGUCAGUGACAGCAGUGAUGAACCUUCAGGUUUGAGAAACAUUACCAGCAGAAAUGCCCCCUCCUCCAGCACUCAACCCACCUCCAUGCUCUGGGGCACAUAAUUUAUGUAGCUUUUCAACUCCCUUCUCUGUAAAAGGAAUCUCCCUUGUUUGUGUCUAGUCAACCAUGAGAUGUAAACACUACUAUAAGGAGUAUUGUGUUUCCAAAGUAGCCCAAAAUCUAGAAUUGUGACAAGCCUCAGGUUAUCUAAGGACGGGGGGGGGGGGGGUCAACGCAGGCUAUAUUGCUGGGUUACAGUGAAUGAGCAGGAAAAGGACAGAUUCUGUAAUGGAAAUACACCACCUCAUUUUCUCAGCCCACUGAUAGAAGCUAGCUCUUAAAUGAUUUAAUAUGCACCAUAUUCAAAACGGGCUUUGAUUAGAAUGGCACAGACACGUGCAGGACCUGGAACAGGUCGUGACUUGGGGGCAGCUCCAAAGGUCUCCCCUGUGAGGCAGAGUCAUCUCUGAGGCCCGGAGGCCCUUCCCAGGCACAACACACACAUGACUUAAAUACCACUAUCAUGGACACACAAAGGAGCUACUGGGAGCUGGGAACCAGAGACUGCUAGGCGGGGACCAAAUUUCAAUCUGAGACACCUCACUCAGACCCCCGCUCGCUCACUCUCUCCUUCCCAUUGGACAUGACGUCCAACGUACCUCCAAGGCUUAGCUGUCUAUUGGGCCUUGAUUUCAGCUCCUAUAGCUGUGACAAACUAAUGAUGACAUCCUGAAAAUGUGUCCCUAUUAACCAAGGAAAAUGCUCUGGUCCUGAACUGUGUGACCUAUCCCUCUUUUACUGACGGGAGAAGGGAGAAGAGGAGAAAGGGCAGAAGGUCAACUUACAUGUAAAAAUCCCAUCUUGGUACAAUUCAGAUUCAAAAAGGAAAUAUCGGGUAACUUCAUUUGCACCUUCUGCUCUGUCAAAAUGCAAAUGUCAAAACCGAGCCUCAUCCAUUAUGUUCUCCAUAUUGCAGUCCUUUUUAUCUGGCUCAUUCUGAGCUUUCCACCUUUUUUAUUAGUGCAAUGUUCACAACUUUUACUAUAGCAGUACAGUAACAGUAAAGCAGCGAUGAACUGCUUGUUAUAUCAGCACCAGAUGUAAACUUUGUGGAAAUAAAAAAAUCACGACCAUGAUAAAAUCCAACUUUUGGAAACAUCUAAUAAACUCUUAUGGAAAAAAUCUAAUUAUUAAGAAAGUGAAUAUCACUGUGUAAUAUUUAUUCAUUUAACUCAUAAUUUAUGUACUCUCAAUCUUUGUCUUUUUUCUAUGGCAAAGCAUUUAUUUAAAUAAAGUUAUGUAUUCAUUUA